AAAAGAAGAUUAGUGGAUUAUAUGAUUUUUUAUUUAUUUAUUUAGAGUCCUGCCUAAACCUCUUGUCACCAUGCAGUCCUUUCAGUCCCAGCAGCUCACUGCAGCACUGUGCAGCCUCUGGCCUCCCAAGUGAUCAUUAUUGGCUGUGAUUGACACGUUGGGAUGGUGUGCAUUUCAUCGAUGAGAAUUUUAGAGCCCUGGGGCUCAUGAUCUUUCAGGGAUCAGUGCGACGUCACCCUACAGCCAUCCCAGGGGGGACAGUCACAGAUCAGUUUCAAAUACUCUGCAUCUUCCUUCACUAAAGGCAAACUAACCCAACCUGCCAUCUGGAAGUGUGCAGAGGACGACCUGGAAGGGGAAGUGUAAGUUCCUCCCCUCCUGCUGUGUCGUCAGCAGCAUCUCAGAGCAUGGCAGAACCGCCUGAGAAAAAAGAAGGAAAUCUGAUCCAUAUGGUUGCACUAUAAAGCUCAAGGCGGAUUUGGAUACUUCAUCAAAACCUGGUCGAGACCUCGUCACUGCUCAUCACCAGCAUCCUCCACUCACAGCUGAUCCCUGCACACUGACUGUUCUCCUUCUUCCUCAGCACUACCAGAUGUGCUUUGGCCUCAAAGAGUGAUUUUUUUAAAGUAGGUAAAUGUUGACUAACAUCAUUUUGUCAGCAGGUGGUAAGAUGAAGGAUUUGUCAUCUUUUAUCAUGUGACCAUAAAAAGUAAGUAAAUGACAGGAUGUUUAUUGAUUGAAUCUGUUUCUUAUAUUGACACAGAAAUGAAGAUUUUGGGCCAGAUUGCUUUUUUGCUCAUGUUGGGGGGAAUGUGGUGUCAAAACCCAAAUGCUAAAGUUAGUGGCAAAUCCUCAAAAAGGACGGGCGGAACCUCAGCAGAAGAUGUCGCCCAGUCAGCUCCUGUUGUAGAUCUGACUGUGGGAAGUACUGGAGGAAGUGGAAGCGCACGAGGCAGUGGAGGCACAAGAGGGUCUGCAGGUGCUGGGACCACAGGAAACACAAGGGGCACUGCAGGUGCUACAGGCAGAGCAAGUGGUGGAGGAAGUUCUGGAAGAGGCAAUGGAGGUGCUGCAGGGAGCGAAGGUGUUGGAGCCACUGGGAGUACAAAGGUCACCGCAGGUGCUGGUGGAAGUGAAGGUUCAAGAAGCACUGGAAGCACAAGGGGCUCUGGGGGAACAGCUGAAGCAGGAGCUCGAUCAGCUGGACAGCAGACAGAUGAUAUGAGGCUGCAAUUCCUCAAGAACACCCAGGUCACAUGUAACGAUGGAACCGCAGCGGGGUUUUACCUAAAGGAGUUCAGAGGAAGCCGCAGAUGGCUGAUAUUUCUGGAAGGUGGCUGGUGCUGCUACAGCAAAGAGACCUGUGAUUCUAGGUUCCAAAAUAUCCCACGACUAAUGAGCUCAUCAGGCUGGCCCCAAACCAAAAGAGGAACUGGGAUACUGUCUUCUCAAGUGGAGGAAAACCCACACUGGCAUAAUGCAAACAUAGUGUUCAUCCCAUACUGUUCCAGCGAUGUAUGGAGUGGUACUGGACCGACGUCAGCCGCUCCUUCACGGCCACAGCAAGGGAGAGAAAGAGAAGGGGAAAGAGAGAAGAACGAAAAUACAACUGAGUAUACCUUUAUGGGAUCCCUCAUCAUCCGUGAGGUCAUCAAAGAUCUCGUUCCCAAAGGAAUCAAGCAGGCCAAGGUGGUGAUGCUGUCUGGCACCAGUGCUGGAGGGACAGGUGUUUUGCUCAACAUUGAGAGGGUGGCCAGUCAGUUAGAGCAGCUUGGUGCAGAGGCCCAGGUCCGAGGCCUCGUGGACUCAGGCUGGUUUAUAGAAAGUAAGCAACAGAGACCCGACAACUGCCCAGAGACUGUGUCCUGCUCACCUGAGGAUGCCAUUAAGAUUGGACUGAGGCUGUGGAAUGGGGUCGUGCCUGACAGGUGUCAGCAGCUCUAUAAGAAAGGAGAGGAAUGGCAGUGCUUUUUCGGACACAAGCUUUUCUCUACCUUGACCUCUCCUCUGUUUGUUGUGCAGUGGCUGUUUGAUGAGGAGCAGCUCAGAGUGGAGAACAUCUACAUAGGAGGACAGAGUCUGUCUGAGGAGCAGUGGCAGUACAUACAGAACCUGGGCGUGGAGCUGAAGAACUCUCUGAGGGAUGUGACGGCUGUAUUUGCUCCAUCCUGCCUCUCACACACAGUGCUGACUAGAAGUAACUGGAUAACUGUCCAAGUAAAAGGCACCUCUCUACCACGGGCCCUGCACUGCUGGGACCGUAGUCUGGAAGCAACACGCAACAAUCGGACCCCUGCCAAAGGCUGCCCUUUCCACCUUGUAGACACCUGCCAGUGGCCCCAGUGCAACCCCACUUGUCCAGCCCUGGUGGACCAGGCCACCCAGCAGGAGCUUACAUUACUCCAGAUGCUCAUGGCCAUGGGCCUUGACCCUCAGAAGCUGGGCUUAGACCCCCAGGGAGUUGAAGAUUCCCUUGACAGCAUGGUCAGCAAUGGUGGUUAGGUUUUGGAGAAAUUAAAAUAAAAAGUCAGGCAAAGGAUUCAUGGAGGGGAACAAGUGUGUUGAAACUUUAAUGUAACCAUAGAAAUAGUACAUAAAUCUGGUUACUAUGUCCCAUGCCGCUCAGCAUUCCUUCAUGCUCCAUGUUAAACUGAUGGCUUGUGGGUAUGUCGCUAAUUUUGGGUCUCAGUGGUUUGGCUCUCCCUCUACUGGACACCAGAGGAAAGAGAUUUGGUUUUAAACUAGGUCUGUUUCAGUUGUACUGCCUGAAGAGCAUUACAUAUCAGAAGGUGGCUGGGCAUACUCCCUCACCAUCUACAGGUUCUCUUUAUCCUGAUCACUCAACUGAAACUUCAGCUAAAAGUAUUGACAGCAGAGUUAUCACUGUUCAUGAAUAGAGGCUUUCUGCAGGAUGCCUUUAACACUAUAAUAGAUAUCUGAAGAGAAACUUCUGCAUCAUAUUACUUAAUUUGAACUAUUGGACAUCUUAAUAAAGUUUAUUUAUUUUCUUUAUACUCUUAGAAUACUGUUAUAUGUUCUAGCAAGUAUUUUGGUUCUCAUACAAAAUAAUGAAGUUUAAAGUCUCAGCUCUCACACAAAGUGAAAUGUUUUAGUUGUUUUUUGUCUUUGGCUCCUGAUCCAGCUGCUGUUUUCAAAGAAGAAUAAGUAUAUUUGCAGUAUUCUUCUACUUUAUGAAAAUGAAACUCUGUGGUAAUUCACCACACAGAACUUGCUACACAUGUCAUGUAAAGACAUAAUAUAGACUCUGUGUUGCAAUUUUUCUUUCAUUGUUAUGCAUUACAACCAUAACUGUGCCACUGUGUUUUAUUCUACCUUUUGAAAUAACCAUGUCCUGUGAUUUAUAUUUAACUAACUGAAUUUCAUGGUUGCAUUUGUGGAAAUCGAUGUUGACAGAAGUAAAUAAAAUAUUA